AAUUUGCGUCCAAAAAUGGCGUCUUUGCUUGAGGAUCAUCUUUUUCAAUAUAGUGGUCAGGGUCCUCCUCCUUCAAAAGAUUUCUUCCAAGUUAUUGUCACCAGAAAUGAGAUCAUUUUGACAUCUUGGAAGAUUUCUGUUCGACUUGAUUGCAAGGGUGCUGCACCCAAACAGCAGAAGAUAUCCCAUCAUGAUUUCCUACAUCAGAAAAUGCUACAGCAAGAAGUUGGUGCCGUCUUCGGGGAGAGGAUCCUGGAACACACAAAGUUACUCUGUCAAGGAAAGUUUGACUUCCUGGAGCGCUUACCGGAUGAUAUAUUGCUCAAAAUCCUGGCCAACCUAGAACUGAAAGAUACAACCCAGCUGGCACAAGUUUCACAGAGAUUCAGAGAGAUCUGUGACUGUGAGAAGUUUUGGGAGCAGACUGUGAGGUAUCGCUGUGCUGAGUUCACCAAGGACAUGGAGGGCAUAGCAAGUGCCAUGGGCUGGAGGAAGAUGUUUUUCACCUUUUUCCACAGCAGUAGCAGUAAGGAGCAGCAGUAAAGAACUUGAACAGUUUAUUACGGUUCUAAAACAACUGCAAUAUAAAUGCUUUUACAGAGGAUGGUUAGACAGUAUACAUUUAGUAUUUUGUGAAGCAAUAGCCAGUGUUUUCAGUGAGUUUAAGCGAGUGUUCUUCAGAUUUAAAUGAACUGUUAGGUCGAAUCAACAAAACAUGUAUUUCCCAUUAGUUUUAGUGCCAAAUAUCCUUCCGAAAUGAAUUCAUACAUAUUUUGGAUGACAACUGAGCUGUUCGAAAAUAUAAAAACCUGUAAUUUAAAAGUUG